GGAAUGGAAUCUCAGCCUUUUAUAAAUCUGAAGUUUGAAACAGAUUACUUUGUAAAGAUUGUUCCUUUUCCUUCCAUUAAAAAUGAGAGUAAUUAUCACCCGUUUUUCUUCCGAACUCGACCAUGUGAAUUGUUGCUACAGCCAGAAAACCUUGUCUGCAAACCUUACUGGAAGCCAAGGAAUCUGAAUGUCACCCAGCAAGGCUUUAACAUGCAAGUGUCUUUUGAUCAUGCACCGCACAGCUUUGGGUUUCGAUAUUACUUUCUUCAUUACAAACUUAAGCAUGAAGGAUCAUUUAAGCAGAAGACCUGCAAACAGGAGCAAAACACAGACACUACAAGUUGCAUUCUUCAGAACGUAUCUCCAGGGGAUUAUAUAAUUGAGCUGGUGGAUGACACUAACACAACAAGGAGAACAAUGCAUUAUGUACUAAAACCAGUACAUUCUCCAUGGGCUGGACCAAUAAGAGCUAUUGCCAUUACAGUCCCCUUAGUGGUCAUUUCAGCAUUUGCAACGCUUUUCACAGUGAUGUGCCGCAAGAAACAGCAAGAAAAUAUAUAUUCCCAUCUAGAUGAGGAGAGCUCAGAAUCUUCAGCAUAUGCUGCAGUGCUCCAUGUGGAAAGACUUCAUCCCCGGCCAAAAGUGUUCAUCUGCUAUUCCAGUAAAGAUUGCCAGAAACACAUUAAUGUCAUCCAAUGCUUCGCUUAUUUUCUUCAGGACUUUUGUGGCUGUGAGGUGGCUCUAGAUUUAUGGGAAGAUCUAAAAAUUUGUAAGGAAGGGCAGAAAGAGUGGCUUAUUAAGAAAAUAAAUGAGUCCCAAUUUAUCAUCAUUGUGUGUUCCAAGGGAAUGAAAUACUUCAUUGAAAAAAAGAACUGGAAACACAGAGGGGUAACCAAAGAUGCAGGGAAAGGAGAACUCUUUCUGUUUGCUGUGUCAACGGUUGCGGAGAAACUUCGUCACGCAAAGCAGAAUUCAAAUGACCUCUGCAAGUUCAUCGCAGUCUACUUUGAUUAUUCCUGUGAAGGAGACAUCCCUGGUAUUCUGGAUCUAAGUACAAAAUACAAACUUAUGGAUGAUCUUCCUCAACUUUAUUCACAUUUACACUCCAGAGAUCUUAGCCUACAGGAUUCAGAACUGUUUCCUGUGAACAUUAGUAAAAGGAAUUAUUUCAGGAGCAAAUCUGGACGGUCCCUUUAUGUUGCUAUUUGCAAUAUGCAUCAGUUCAUUGAUCAGGAACCAGACUGGUUUGAGAAACAAUUAAUUCCUUUUCCUCCAUCUCCUUUAUGCUACUCAGAGCCUGUUCUGGAAAAAUUUGACUCAGGCUUGGUUUUAAAUGAUUUAGUGAGUAAACAGAUGAUGGAUGGUGAUUUUUACCUGAGAACAGAUGGAAAUGUUUCAGUUGUAAAUUCAGACUCUAACUGUGUAAUUCAGCACUUAAACCUUGGAGAAGAUAUAGAAACUCAAGACAUUCAAGGUGGCAACGCUGUUCUUCAGCCAUUGCUGCAUGUUGUUAAAGCUUCCAAUCUUACAGAUAUGCCUCGAGAUUCUGGAAUCUAUGAUUCAUCUGUUCCUUCCUCUGAAUUAUCUUUACCUUUAAUGGAAGGACUGUUGACAGACCAAAUUGAAACAUCUUCUGUUACAGAAAGUGUUUCUUCAUCAUCAGGUUUAGGAGAAGAAGAACCUCCUGUAAUCACUGCCACAAAAUUCUUAGUGCCUGGAAUAUAUAAAGCAGAACUUCAUUGCCAUAUCCAUACUGAUGAACUGCAGGCAAUUGCACCUUUGUAAUAUAUUACAACAUUGUUAUGCAUUGCCACUUUAUCAGCAGCCUCUGUUUGUGCUUUUAACUGCCACACUAUCCCAGCACUAAACCUACUUGAAGGAACAAAUAUUCCCUGAAGAAGAUCUGCUAUUCCUAAGGGAUUUUUAUGACCAGUAAACUUGAACCUGUCAGUCCUUAUUAAGUCUUUCGUGAGUUGAAAAAUGCAGCAUGGAAAAAUAGUUGAAAAUAUACUUCAAAAAUCAUUCCUAUUU